UUAGAUAAUUUAAUGAAUUUAACUCAUAACUCUCCAUUAUUAUGACUUAACAGGGCCAAUUGUGGCGAAUUUUGCGGGCUAAAACAUAUUCCGUUGGCAUCAGCCAAUCAGAAACGAGAAAAAUAAUCUAUCCAUCCAAUAAGAUGCUGUUGCUGUUAUACUGUUGGCUCAUUUUGAUACCAAGCGUAGUUUAGAUACCAAUAAGUACCAUAACUCUCUAAUAGAUCCUAAAGGCCUCAUCUACAUGGAUUCUACUGCGUUUACUGCUGUUGUUGUUAUGUUGUUGGCUGUGUCUUCGAGCUGGUUAGAUUCAGUAGAGUCUAAUAAUGUUCUUUACACUAUCAAGAAAGACCACAGACUCGCAGAUUACGUUAUAACGAGUCAGCGGACGAAUGGAAUCCUGACAUGCGCACACUUCUGCAGCAUUAACUCCAAAUGUACCUCCAUUAAUUACAAGUUAGUCGAAGAAAAAAGGCGAGGAUUGUGUGAAUUGAACAGCAAAUCCGCUGUCCAGGGUGACAGACGACUUAGAAACUCACCAGGAUGGUCAUUUGCAUAUGUGACGUCAUUAACACCAGUCUUCUCAGCUACAUUCACUAAUCUUGGAAGUAAGGGAGUCGACGGGCCAGACAAAACAGAUAGAUAUAAAGGAACUUCUCUAGAGGGACAAGUUGAGCUAAAGAACGGUAUACAACUCUGGACAGUACCGUAUACAGGACUGUACGAGAUUACGGCUAUGGGAGCCUCGGGUGGUAACGGGACCAAUGGGACGUCCGGUGCGGGAUGGAGAUUGGGUGGCAGAGGAGCAAGAAUUCGAGGAACAUUUUAUCUCAACGCCGAGAAAAAGCUAAAAAUCCUGGUCGGUCAACGAGGAGGUGUGACAACAACGUUCAAUGAUCGUCCUGGGGGAGGAGGUGGGGGAACUUUUGUUACUACACUAGACGACAAACCACUGUUAGUUGCUGGAGGGGGAGGGGGUGGUGCGUCGAUUUUUCCUCACGGCGACUGCAGAGACGGCGAUCCUGGUCAAGCUACAGAAAAUGGUACUCGUUAUGGAGGAACGAAUGGAAGUGGAGGAAAGAGAUAUGACAAGAUUGGAGGUGUGAACCCGAGUCGCUUUGAAGGCACGGGUGGAGGUGGUUUCUAUGGUGAUGGCGCUUCGGCAAGCAUCUCUGCUUUUGGAGGGUCAAGCUUCGUCAACGGUGGGACGGGUGGUAGAAGUAAUGCCGGUGCUUCCCCUGGGGGGUUUGGUGGGGGUGGAGCUGGAACUCAAUACCCGGGGGGAGGGGGUGGGUACUCAGGUGGGGGAGUUAUGGGUGAUGGACAAAACUUUGCUGUUGCAGGAGGAGGAGGAUCUAUAAAUAAUGGAAAAGAACAAGAGAAUGAAAGUGGAGUAAACCUUGGGGAUGGGAAAGUUGUGAUUCGCUUCAUAAGAACGUCAAAUAGAAUGAAGCACUUUAUCUGUCUACUUCUAUUUGGGCUAAGUCUUCUAUUUUCAAGGACUAAAUCACUUUACGACGAAUUCACAACUCGAUCUUCCAACAUUAGAACAUCUAACAACGCACGGCUAUGCGGCUACGUUAUAUCAAAGCAGCGGACUUUCGACAUACUCGGAUGCGCACAUCGAUGUCUUUCUGAUCGGAACUGCGCAUCGUUAAAUUUUCUCGAUAAACCAGCAAGUGGAGAUGGAAUCUGUGAGCUCAAUAGUGCGGAGUCAUUUUAUAAUAACGAGGAGCCAAUAGAAACUGAUGGCUGGACAUUUGGUUUUGUAGAAGGAAAAAACUGGCAGUUAUCUAAAGAAUUUAACUUUACAAAUCUCGGAGCUGUUGGAGCCAAGGGACCCACUAGCACUCUAGAUUACAAAGGGACCAAUUUGGAGGGCAAGGUACAGCUCCACAAGGGAAUCCAGUUAUGGACUGUGCCUUAUCGAGGGACAUACUCUAUUGAGGCCCUUGGCGCAUCUGGAGGCAACGGUACUAAUGACACUCAAACGAGGUAUUGGCGUACCGGAGGCCUUGGAGCGAGAAUAAAAGCGAAUUUCUACCUUAAAGAGGGCAGUGUUUUGAAGAUUCUUAUUGGCCAGCCUGGGUUGUGUGCUCCUAUUGGCCAAAGAAGACCUGGGGGUGGAGGUGGGGGAACAUUUGUCACGCUGGCAGAUAACUCUCCGUUGGUUAUCGCAGGGGGAGGUGGAGGGGGCGCAGCCCCAUGGAUUGGAUUCCAUCACGGUUAUCACGGUCAGCUAACAACGAAUGGUUCGAUAUACGGGGGUACCGGAGGGUCGGGUGGCUACCUAUACGAUAUUUAUUACAGGACAUUUUUCAGGCGUUAUAAAGCUGGAGCUGGAGGAGGACUAAAGACAAAUGGAGCCUCCGGUAAUCUGACUCAAGGAGGCUUUGCUUUUCUUAAUGGAGGAGAGGGUGGGGUAGGUGGGGAUGGUGCUCAAGGUGGCUUUGGGGGAGGGGGUGCGGCUUACCUGUAUCCUGGAGGUGGCGGAGGAUACUCAGGUGGCGGGGUUGUCAGGGCAACAAGGUAUACAAAAGCAGGAGGGGGAGGGUCGUUUACAGCUGGCACGAUGGUGGACAAGUCCCUGGCGACUCUACGAGGACCGGGUAAGGUGGAGAUAAGGUUGAUAAAACCCGAUAUCGGAUGAAGUGAUUAUCUACAGGAUAUAUGACAAGAAACGUGAUGUUACCAUCACUAUAUGUUACUGGGUACCACUCUCCUCCAUGAGGACCAAACAAAUGACGUCAAACCUCAAGGAACGUUACUAUUCAGUCACAUGUCACGUAAUCGGCGUCACGCCACACUAUGAGGAACAUAACUGUAUGGUCUAACGUCACAAAAAACUAAGUUACUUUAUCUGUCACUGCCUAGUAUUAACAAUGUAGACCUCUUGCAUUUGGCGUCARAGCAGCUCGAUCUGGGGGACAAAACAAAAGAAUUCCAGCACGUGAUUACUGAGCUGCAAAUGGUCUAUUGAGCUGCAUUCCAAAGUGAUGCAAGGGGUCUAUAUCGUGUAAACCUAACGGAACGUUACUAUUCAAUCUAAUGUCACGAAAUGGGUGUCACGUCACACUAUUAGAAACAUAACUGUUUGGACUAACGUCACGAAAAAGUUCUUUUAUCUGUCACUACCUGCACUACCUAAUAUUAACAUUAUAUCAUGUAAGUAAUCGAUAAUGAUGAAAAAAACUCAAAAACUCAAAAG